AUGUAUGAAGUGUAGGUUGAACAAGAGUAGACAGUAGUAAUACGAGAAACCAACAAAAAAAGAGAACAAUUCCGACAUGAUUUGAGAAGGAAAGCUUUAAAUGAGUAAUUUAAGAGAAAGAGAACGCCUGCAAAGGAAUUAGAUAUGUUAAAUAUACUUAAGAAACUUAAAAAUAAUGAGUCAGAACUAUGCAAAGUAUUAAGAUUAAUGCUGGAUGCAAAACUAGAAGAAAAUGAAGACAUAGCACAAUUUUUACGAGAAUUAUUACAAGAAAAUUUGAAUUAGGAAAUAAGAUAAUUGUGUAAAUCAUUGAUAAAUCUUAAAUUCUGUUGCAUUCCUUAACCUGCAAUCAAAAAUAGACAAUAACAUUGAAUGAUUUUGUAAAUAUAGCACUUAUAAAUAUUAUUAUUUGAA